AUGGCUGGUGUUCCGAUCCCGAUUCUCGUGGGGGCGCCGGUGGCGAUGCUGGGAGUGAUGUCGACGAUCAGUCCUUCAGUUGCAAAUGUCACCAAGAGGAUGGUGGAAUAUCUGAGGGCGUACGCUCACAUGAUCUUCACGACCGAGAGCAACUUCAAGGGGCGCCUUAAGAGUCUACCAGACCCAGACCUGAUCAAGAACGCUUCAAACCUGCAGAGGGUCGACAUGAUCUUCAUUCGCCACGGCGAGAGUGAGUGGAAUGGAGUCUUCAACAAGGACAAGGGGAUCAUGAAGGUGUUUCUGAUUGUUUUGCGCCUCAUUCGGGCACUCUUCCUCGAGUUCUUCUGCAUGAUGAAGGGCGACUCCAUCUUCCUAGACUCGCCGCUGAACAGCGAUGGGGCUAACCAGGCAAGGCUGCUGCUCAAGUUUCUCUUCGAGGGGCAGAAUAACAAGGACCGCCUUGUCGACAUCCUGGCAGGAAACCAAGGGAAAUCCAUCAUCGUGUCCUCCAAUCUUCGAAGGUGCGUCGAGACUGGCACAGUCGCACUGUGGGGGAGACUGCAGAGGACCAAGGAGAAGAUUCAUAUCCUCUCUGACCUCCAAGAGAUCUCUCGCAACGUCGACACUAUGGCACUCUCCCCCCCUAUGGGUGUCCCGCCCCUCGAUCGGCUCCAGCAGCUGCUGGAGGACCCGAACGCAAAUUUUGGAGAGCUCUUCGAGACGUCGGGCAACGCUGGUCAGAAGCUUGUCUUCGAGUCGGCGGCAGAGCGUGUGAUCAGGUUCUCUUCCUGGUGCUUCGACAGCCCUCACACCAAGAGCGGGGAGAAUACCAUCAUCGUGAACGGACACUCUCUGUACUUCAAAACCUUCUUCAAUACUUUCCUCCCGAGAAACGAGGACCAUGACGCUAAGAAGAAGAAGAUCGUCAACACUGGGGCCGUGGCCUUCACCUUCUACCGCGGACUCGUCAACGACACUUACGUGUACCGUAUUGAUCCAGAGUCCAUCAAGGUGAUUUUUGGGGGAUUUAAGUAG